AUGGAAUCAACUGAUCCAUUACCCUUGAUUGGACACGUUAAAUCUACAAAUGAAGGAGACGAGAUUGAUUACUCAAAGUUGGAAUUUUAUGGCCGUUUGAUUCUUGGCUUUACUUGGAUUACGUUUGUUGUUUCCAUAAACUCAUUUUUUGAACUAUGGAAGUUUGUAAUCUACCCUUUCUCAAGCAGCAAUGAAUCGUUAUACAAUUACCUACAUACUAUAUUCAAAACUAUUGACGAUUAUGUAUUGAAACUUUGGUGCAUAUAUAUCGUAUUUUGGUGGUGGGCUCUGAUAUCAUGGUGUGGAUUAAAAUUAUUUAGACACUCAAGGGGAAUACAGACAUAG